ACCAUCUUUUCCUGUACCAUCGUCAGCAGCGUAGAAACUUUCGAUAGGUACUUAUUAACAAAAAUUCAAUAUAUAUUUACCGUUUUUACAAUAAUAUCUAAAUAGGUACCUAUACGAAGUCUACUAAAAUACGUGAAUAAGUACUUAAAUUACAUCCGGCGUUUUAACCAUGCAUCAAAAUAACAAUUCUAACAUGGUCAGAGUAGUGGUCUACAUUGGAUUUGUCGUCUAUGUCAUGGCCUUGGCCACAACGUGUUGCUGUCAUCCCGUUACGUCUUCUGAGGUGGAAAGCAUAGCUCGACCAACACGGCCUAAAACUUUCGGUUCACCAGAUGAAUUACGUUCAUACCUAGACCAGUUAGGACAGUACUUGGCAGUAGUUUCUCGUCCGAGGUUUGGAAAAAGGAAACCUACGUUUCCAAGCAUCCCGUCCGCUAUCACAACACCGAGACUACAGCAGUACAUCGACCAUCAACGGAUGCUUAACAAUCUUAUAAACCGAGAAGACGACGAAACCUAUAAAUUACAAUACAAGCCAGCGGCUAUAAGAAAUUCAAAAGAUUUGUAUGACAUGUUGUUUACGACACGUCGCGAAAACGGCAAUAAUGACCACCAUCAAUACUAUUUAAUGCAACAAGAUGUAACGAAUGCAGACAUUGGUUUAGAUUCAAAUUAAUUAUUAUUAAAAUGUAUUUGUAGUAUAAGAUGUAAUGUAUUUUUAUUUCAUAAAAACUUUAGUCAUGUACAGACAGUAUUGUACUAGUUAUUAAUAAUAUAAGAACUUUAAAAUUUUAAUUCAUCAGUAUAAAUAAAAUCCGUUUAAAGCGUU